AUGGCUGCUCCCAGUGCUCCGUCGUCCCUCUCCCUAGACAUGGGACCAGCACCAUCUUUUGCUCGCGUCUUCGUCAAAUCCCAAUUCUGCACCAAGACGAAGCGCGUCGCUCUAUCCCCGGAAACCUCCCUCACCGGCAAGACGGUCCUCGUCACAGGUGCCAGCACAGGCUUGGGUUACCAUGCCUGCCGCCAUUUUCUCUCGUUAAACCUGUCGCGCUUGAUCCUCGCCGUGCGGUCCGUGGCCAAGGGCGAGCGUGUGGCCCAAGAAUUCCGUGCCAAGUACCCCAACGCCACCAUCGAAGUAUGGGAGCUGGAAAUGAGCGACUACGACUCGGUCAUCGGAUUCUCGAAGCGCGUGGCGGCUGAGUUCGACAACAACAGCUCGGCCGUGGAAGCGGAACCGAAGGAGCACCAGCAGAGGAAGAAGGCGAGGCUUGACAUUGCCGUCCUGAACGCCGGCAUGACCGGGGCUACGUUUACCAGAGACAAGAAGACGGGCCACUGCGAGGUUGUGCAGGUGAACUACCUGUCCACAGUGCUCCUGUCGGUGCUGCUAAUGCCCGUGAUGCGGGAUGAGGCGGGGGGAAACCCCGGCAGACUUUGCAUCGUCGGCUCAGGCGCCUCCCACAUGGCCAAGCUGCCCAACCGGCACAAGAGGCCGUUCCUCGCCUCGUUUGACGACCCCGCCGUGCAGCCGUGGGAGCCAGCCGAGCGCUACUUUGCUUCCAAGGCCCUUGGCAUGUUAUUCUUUGUGCGCCUGAUCGAUUACCUCCCAUCGCCUGACGAGCUGGUGGUGAACUUGGUUGAUCCAGGGUACUGCAAGGGGACCGACCUCCACCGGGACGCCAAGGGGCUGAUGAGGAUUAUGUUGUCGGCGACGAAAGAGCUUACUGGUAGACCGCUGGAGGAUGGGGCCUGGACCUACGUGGACGCUGCUGUGGUCAAAGGUAAGGAGUCUCAUGGGUGCUUCGUGAUGGACUGGGAUAUUCGCCCAUUUAUCAAUGUUGUCUACGAGCCCGAAGGACAGGGACUGCUGGAUGCUCUGUUUGAGGAGACGGUGGAUGAGUUGAGUUUUGCCGGAGUGCGAAAGAUCCUGCACGAUAUGAAGAGGAAGCGAACAGCUUGA